AUGGCCAAACGCCCUUCCCACUCCGUCACUCAUGGCGGAGGACGUCUUUUUUUUUUCCUUUUCGCCCACUGGGGCCUCAGCGACCCUCCAUCACGGCGAGACCAACCGUACAUAGUAUCCCUCUACCCCACAGAAAAGAGGAAUAGGCACGCGGACUGGAAUUGCGAGACUGUUCUAGCCAGAAAAAGGGGCGAUUUUGUCAGCGAAGUCGGGGCCGCAUUUUUGCCAGGUCUCAGACUCCUUACUAAGGCUUCCAGUGUGCUAUGGCGCAUCACUUCUAGAAUCGAUGGUCACGGAAUGCAAGACAGCGUGUUGAUCUCUCUCCACUCUGUUCCGAGGGCGCUGGUCGAUGUUCCUGAUCCAUCCACCAGAGUUGGCUCUUCUUCUUGUCUUUGGCCUAUACGAGAUGAAGCCGAGGGUUAA